GAAGAAAAGAUGGACAUCACGGAUCAAGGAGCUCAAAUGGAGCCGCUCUUGCCAACGGAACAAAGUUCCCAGGAAAGUAAAGAUGUGAGAACUGAUGAGGAGGCAGUGGUGGACCGUGGGGGCACGCGCUCCAUGCUCAACACCAACUUUGAGAAGGAAGAACUAGAAGGUCACCGCACCCUCUACAUUGGGGUUCACGUUCCUCUGGGCAGGAGGUCACACCGACGUCACCGUCAUCAUGGACACAGACACAGGAAGAGGUCCAAGGAGAGAGACUCCACGGCUGACGAUGGACGAGAAUCCCCUUCGCACAACACACCAGCUCAGAGGGUGCAGUUUCUGUUGGGGACAGAGGAUGGCGAUGAGGAGCACAUCCCCCACGCCCUGUUCACUGAGCUGGACGAAAUCUGCCUCAGGGAGGGCGAGGACGCGGAAUGGAAAGAGACGGCCAGGUGGCUAAAGUUUGAGGAGGACGUUGAGGAUGGUGGUGAGCGGUGGAGUAAACCCUACGUAGCCACUCUGUCUCUACACAGUCUUUUUGAGCUUCGCAGCUGCAUCAUGAACGGCACUGUGAUGCUGGAUAUGCGAGCCAACUCGCUGGAGGAAAUCGCAGACAUGGUCCUGGAUCAGCAUGAGGUGUCCGGCCCUGUGGGUCAGGAUGCCAGGAGAAGGAUCCGUGAAGCCCUGCUUAAACAGCACCACCACCAAAACCACAAGAAACUGGCCAACCGUAUCCCUAUCGUACGCUCCUUUGCUGAUAUUGGCAAGAAGCAGUCAGAGCCUCAUUCUAUGGACAAAAAUGGCCAAACUGUUUCACCUCAGUCCCAGCCAGCCAACAAUGAGGGCAAACAGGACGUCAGCCGAGAAAACAGCGCUGUCGACUUCAGCAAGAUUGACCUCCACUUCAUGAAGAAGAUCCCUCCUGGCGCUGAGGCAUCCAAUGUCCUGGUAGGGGAGCUUGAAUUCCUUGACCGCCCUGUGGUGGCCUUCGUCCGUCUGGCUCCCGCUGUGCUGCUCAACGGCCUCGCUGAAGUUCCCAUCACUACCAGGUUUCUUUUCAUCCUGCUUGGGCCUCUGGGAAAAGGUCCACAGUAUCAUGAAAUCGGUCGGUCUAUUGCUACACUGAUGACUGAUGAGAUUUUCCAUGAUGUUGCUUACAAGGCCAAAGACAGGAAUGACCUGGUGGCAGGCAUUGAUGAGUUUCUGGACCAGGUAACGGUGUUACCGCCUGGAGAGUGGGACCCCUCCAUCAGAAUAGAGCCUCCUAAAAAUGUGCCCUCUCAGGAAAAGCGGAAGAUUCCCCCUGUUCCCAACGGAGUGACAGACCUCGGAGAGUCGGAGGAACACGGAGGGCACGGUGGCCCAGAGCUGCAGCGUACUGGGAAGUUGUUUGGCGGGUUGGUGUUGGACAUCAAGCGAAAGGCUCCUCACUAUCUUUCCGACUACACAGACGCUCUCAGUCUCCAGUGUCUGGCCUCAUUCCUCUUCCUCUACUGCGCCUGCAUGUCGCCUGUCAUCACCUUCGGGGGACUACUGGGUGAGGCAACAGAGGGACGUGUGAGUGCUAUCGAGUCCCUGUUUGGGGCUUCUAUGACUGGAAUAGCCUACUCUCUUUUUGCCGGCCAGCCCCUCACCAUCCUGGGCAGCACAGGGCCCGUUCUUGUCUUUGAGAAAAUCCUUUUCAAGUUCUGCAAGGAAUAUGGCCUCUCCUACCUCUCCCUGAGGGCCUGUAUCGGCCUGUGGACGGCCUUCUUCUGUCUGCUGCUGGUGGCCACCGACGCCAGCUCGCUCGUCUGUUACAUCACACGCUUCACUGAGGAAGCUUUUGCUGCGCUGAUCUGCAUUAUCUUCAUCUACGAGGCCCUGGAGAAGCUCCUUCACCUCGGGGUGCACUACCCCAUCAAUAAACACAACAACCUUCAGAAACUCACACAGUACUCAUGUGCAUGUGUGGAGCCCAGGGACCCGAGCAACGAAACACUGCGCUUCUGGGAGGAGAGAAACAUCACAGCAUCCGAGGUCAACUGGACCAUGCUGGAGGUCAAGGAGUGCGAGAUGUUGCACGGAGAGUUCGAGGGCAGCGCCUGUGGCCCCCACGGCCCCUACAUUCCUGAUGUCCUCUUCUGGUGCGUGGUCCUCUUCUUCUCCACCGUCUUCAUGUCUGCUUUCCUCAAGGAGUUCAAGACCAGCCGCUACUUCCCCACCAGGGUGCGCUCCAUCAUCAGUGACUUUGCGGUCUUCAUCACCAUCCUCACUAUGGUGCUGGUGGAUUAUGCUUUGGGGAUCCCCUCACCUAAACUACAGGUUCCCAGCAAGUUCAAACCAACCAGGGAUGACCGUGGCUGGGUAAUAAACCCUGUGGGGCCUAAUCCCUGGUGGACCACCAUCAUCACCUUCAUUCCCGCUCUGCUCUGCACCAUCCUCAUCUUCAUGGACCAGCAGAUCACGGCUGUCAUCAUCAACAGGAAGGAGCACAAACUCAAGAAAGGCUGUGGAUACCACCUGGACCUGUUUGUGGUGGGGGUCAUGCUGGGAGUGUGCUCAGUGAUGGGCCUCCCGUGGUUCGUGGCAGCCACCGUCCUCUCCAUCUCCCACGUGAACAGCCUGAAGCUGGAGUCGGAGUGCUCAGCCCCCGGAGAGCAGCCCAAGUUCCUGGGCAUUCGAGAGCAGCGCUUCACCGGCCUCAUGAUCUUUACCCUGAUGGGCUGCUCUGUCUUCAUGACCUCUGUGUUAAAGUUCAUCCCCAUGCCUGUGCUCUACGGAGUCUUCCUGUACAUGGGGGCCUCGUCGCUCAGAGGCAUUCAGUUCUUUGACCGUCUCAAGCUGUUCGGCAUGCCAGCCAAACAUCAGCCAGACUUCAUCUACCUUCGCCACGUCCCGCUGAGGAAAGUGCACCUCUUCACCAUCGUUCAGCUCACCUGCCUGGUCCUUCUGUGGAUCAUCAAGACCUCCAAGGCUGCCAUCGUUUUCCCCAUGAUGGUCUUGGCCCUGGUAUUCAUUCGUAAGCUGCUGGACUUCAUCUUCACCAAGAGGGACCUGAGCUGGCUGGAUGACCUCAUGCCAGAGUGGAAGAAGAAGAAAUUGGAGGAUGCUGCGCAAGAGGAGGAACACAGUAUUAUUGCAGAGGAGGAGGGCAUUGUACAGGUGCCACUAGAGGGACACUACAAGAGUGACCCAGCCACAGUGAACAUCACUGAUGAAAUGUCCAAAGGAUCUUUCGGGAAUGUCUGGAAGAGUGUCAGCCCUGCUGAGAGCGCUAAAAAGGAACCAAGCGCUAAAAGUUGUCCCAGAGGCGAAAAGCGACACAAGCGACGGAGGCAUGAGAAGAGCUUGGACAGGGAGACAAGUUUGUGAUGACACAUACUGGUGGAGCCACUGUGCUGUCAAUCAGUAGAUCAAAAAAACAAAAGCCACUAUACCGUGCCACACUCAACCACCUUUGUACUGUGCUACACUGUGUUUUUUGUCAUGUAGGUCUGUGUGCAAGUUGUGUAAAACAAAAAACAUUUGUUAGAAACUGUAGAGGAAAGCGAGACACAUCGGUGUUCUUUUUCUAUGUAUAUCCGUGUUUGGUGAUACCAGCAGCAGAAGGAAACCAGAAUUCUAUGACACCCACAGUAACCACUGUGUCAAUGGGCCAAUUCAGUAAAAAUUUUAA